CGCUCCUCAUCGAAUCUUCUCACACCAUUCUCUCUUUCUCUCUCUUUCUCUCAAUCUUAUCUGCGCUGCAUCUUUCACCUAUUUUUCCCCAAAUCGUAAGCACCAGAAGGACACAGAUACGAGUGGAUGUGCUGCAGAAGAGGAAAAUUUUGCUGAAAGUUGUUGAAACUGUGAAAACCUGACCUUGUGAGAAAAUAGCAUGGAAUAAUCAGAGUUGCAAGAGUCACAAUGAGUCUGGCAUGUCUUGUGUGCCAUAGUGUGGAUAGUCCAUCACCAUCACACUCUUUCAGGAGCUACUCUGUUUCAAGUGCAGAAAAUGAAGGAAGAUGCCAUGCUGUUGCAACCUGCUUAACCAGGAAACUGUCUCUUCCACCCUCGGCAGUACACUCUUUUCUUGCACCAACAUCAUCAUCCAAAGUCACACCACAACCUGCUGGUUCAAGCAACAACUUGAUACCUGGCGGCACACCGCGGCUUGUCAGAAGCCGUGCAGUAACAAGGGACCGAGUAAGAAAUUGGAAUUUUGAUGAAAUUGUAAUGCAGUCCUAGUCAAAACUAUAAGAUAGAAUAAGACUAGGGAAUUUUCUGGUGGGAUAGUUUAUAGCAUGGUAUUGCUAUUUUGCCCCUUUAAAUUUUGUUAUGGGUGCAAUUUAUCUCUUUCUCUAGUUUUCUUGUAAAAGAGUCCAAACAUUUCUAGCCAUGGAAAUAUUCUACUGUGUGAUUCUACUUCAUUUGGAAUUUUCUGUCUGCUCUUCAAGCAUUAACCAAAUUUGUCUAGCA